AUGAGUUUCGUCAACAACUCCCGCAUGUCCGUCUACUCGACGGCGUCCGCCUCGGCAUCGCGCCCAGGCAAUUCGCCCUCGCAGACAUCCACCACGACGCUGCUCAACACGCUCAAUUCCGCCUACAAGAACGGCCGCUCGUACAACCUCGAGGCCAGCACCAGUCUGGUCGUCAACACAUGGGUCAAUGCCAAGAGCAUCAUCGACGACCGCAUUGGUGGCACCGUCGACCUCGAGCUGGGGCGAAAGGCAUGGGAACAUGCCCGCCGGAGAGCUGAGGACGGCUGCAUAGUCCUUGCUUCGCUGCACGACUCGAGCCCCUCGCUCUUCUCGCCCUUCGUCUCCAGCCUGCCUCUGUCCCUCCCGGGCAACUUCUACACUGCACUCGAAGCCCUCAAAGCCUUUACACACUGCGUAACUCCGGAGAACCCCUCCACCCCCCGCUACUCGGCCCUGGCUGCCGUCUUCACCAUCAACCUUGCUGGCGGUGUCGUCGGAGCUGAGAUCAAGUUGUCCACCUCCGGCCUGGACGUCCAGCAGGGCUUGCUCCAAAUUCCUAGCAAGAGCGGUACCCGCGCCUUCGAUGCCUUCUACUACCUCAACUCGAGCUCCGCUUCCAGGCAAGAGAGGGAGUACCUGGACAUCCAGUCUCCUGACCACUACGCCCUUCUCCGACGAUCCGGAACAUACGACCCUCCCAGUUACCUUCCCGAUGCUGAUGAUGCCGCUGCUGCCGAAGACUUCCGCGCCAACCUCAAGGCGAUUGGCAUCAAGGGCCAAAAGUUAACCAGGCUUAUCAGUUGUCUGACUGGACUGUUGAAGCUUGGCAACACCCUCGACUACUUCAUGGAUGAAGAAUCUCUCGCUUCGGUGUGCGAAGAUGUAGAAAACCUAUUGGACCUGCCUGAAGACACUCUCCGCCAGAAGCUCGGCUCCAACGAGCGCGAGGUUGCCAUCGGUGGUAUCUACGAAGCCAUCGUCGACUUUGUCAUCUCCCACGCCAACAACUCAAUCAAGGAGGACAUCCAACGCGCCAAGUCUGGCUAUGCCAUGGACGGCAGUGAAGGCAGCGGCAUGAUGACACCCAACGAAUCGGAGGACGGAGACAUUGUCAACAUCACUGUUGUCGAAAUCCCCAGCCGUACUCUCGGAAAGGCGAUUGCGCUGCGCACUGUAUUCGACGACAGCGAAGGAAUCAACGCCGAGAUGCGCGAUGACGGUGUUCAGGUGCCGCCUGUUAGCAAUUCCGUUCUUGAAGGCAUGCGCGAGGCCAUGCAGACCUGCGCAGCAGAACUCGGCAUCAAUGGGGCCGCUCUUCGCGAGAAGGAAGCUGAUCUAGAAAAGCGUGAGGCUGUGUUGGAAAAGCUCGCUCUUGAGAUCCCCGACGAGGACAACUUCGUAAAGAAGGUCCUGAACCCAGUACCCAGCAGCGGCAUUGUCCUGGGCAAGCAUGGCCGUUUCGACCUGGCCAUGACAGUGGCCAGUAGCAGAGUCUGGUUCCAACUGGCAAUCCACCCCACCGAUGUCAUUCCCACCUCGCUCAACCAGGACCUCAACUCCACCUGGCAGGCUGGCGUAGUUUCUCGACAGCUUCGCGAGUGGCGACUACCCGAGUGGGCCAACCGUCGUAACCGCAACCUCGAUUUCACUGCCGACUUCGAUCACCACGAAUUCUACGACCGAUACGCUCCCUUGGGUUGCAUGGACGGUCAAGAAGGCAUUCAAAACUGGACCCUGCAGCGUGGCUGGAGUAACGGCGAAGUGAUGGUCGGGAAAGAACGCGUGUGGGUUAGGGAGGGCACAUGGUGGGAGGCGGAAUCGCAGCUCGACCUCAAGACGCACGAGAUGGGUGGUUCCCCGAACAUGAUGGGUGGCAUGAUGGGAGCUGGAGGCAUGGACAACGGAUACUCUACCCCGCUCCCACCUACAGCAAGUGCAUUUUUCCCACCUCUUCCGGACAUGUCUGCGGCUCCUCAGAACCCGUUCCAGAGUUCCACAAGUCUGGCCGUGCCAGGUGCAGAUGCCAAGUCAAUCGCUCCUACUACGCGCACGCUCCCCACGGCGGGACCUGGUGACUACGGUCUUGGAGCCAAGGGCGACGAGAACAAGGGUGUCAGCUACUAUGACAUGGAGUCUGGUGGCAACGCUGUCGUAACAGAAACCCCUCUAACAGGCACUCGAAGGCUCUGGGUUUUCUUCGUAUGGGCCCUCACCUUCUGGAUCCCCUCGCCGCUCCUCAAGUGGAUUGGCCGCAUGAAGCGACCUGAUGUGCGCAUGGCAUGGCGAGAGAAGUUCGUCCUGGUUCUGCUCAUUGUCUUGCUCAACGCCGCUAUCGUCUUCUACAUUGUCGCUUUUGGUAAACUCUUGUGCCCGAACAAGGACAAGGUCUGGAACCAGAAAGAGGUUUCACAGCAUCAAGGUGAGGACGAUUACUUCGUCAGUCACCGUGGUGUCGUAUACGACUUGACCUCUUUCUGGAAAAAGCAGCACAGCGACUCUAACACCGAGGCUACACGGGAUCGAAUGAUGGAAAUGGCUGGUGCCAACAUGGACCCAUACGUCGUUCCUCCGCUAUACAUCGCUUGCCCCAAUCUGAUUAAAGACACGCCUCAAAACCGGGUGUUGCAGCUGACACUGAACCAAUCUACCGCCGAGAACCUCAACGCAAUCGCUGUCCACGGAUCUGGCUCAAGGACCAAUAUGCCAGACAGCGCUGCUCUGAAGAGCGAGACAUGGUACCCUGACGUCUUUCUCCCCGCUAUGAAGGAAUUCAAAAAGGGGCCCCUAGUCUGGGAAGAGAAGACGAUCAAGGAUGAAGGUGAAGACCUGAAUCACAUGUGGUUCAGGCUUGACGACAGGGUCUACGACUUGACGGACUACUUCGCCACGAUCGACUACAUGCGGGACCAGGACCAGUACAACUUUCUCGAUCCCAAACUGAUUGACAUGGUAAAGAGCAGCGCCGGUCAGAAUCUCAAGGAAGACUUCAGCAACAACCUCAACAACAAUGCGCAACAGUACAACAAGCAAUGUCUCGACAACUUGUUCUACGUUGGUCAAGUCGAUUUCCGUAAAUCAGCCAAGUGCCAGGUCAACGACUACAUCCUACUCGUCGUCACGGUCAUCAUCGGUGCAGUCGUCGUCAUCAAAUUCUUGGCUGCGCUCCAACUUGGCUCACGCAAACGCCCCGCAAACCAGGAUAAGUUUGUCAUCUGUCAGGUGCCAGCCUAUACUGAGGGUGAGGAUUCGCUCCGAAAGAGUUUGGACUCUUUGACUGCCCUCUCUUACGACAACAAGCGAAAACUCAUCUGUGUCAUUUGCGACGGAAUGAUUGUUGGUGGUGGUAACGAUCGUCCUACGCCCAAGAUUGUACUCGAUAUCCUCGGGGUUGACCCCAAGGUAGACCCUCCUGCCCUUCCGUUCUGGUCCGUCGGUGAGGGAAGCCAGCAGCUCAACUACGGAAAGGUCUAUUCUGGUCUGUACGAAUUCGAAGGCAAUGUGGUACCAUACCUAGUCGUCGUCAAGAUGGGCAAGGAAUCGGAACAGCACAAGUCCAAGCCAGGUAACCGAGGAAAGCGUGACUCCCAAAUUCUGCUCAUGAGCUUCCUCAACCGCGUCCACCACCGCUCAGCCAUGAACCCCUUGGAGCUGGAAAUGUUUCACCAGGUCAACAACAUCAUUGGUGUUGACCCGGAACUGUACGAGUAUUUGCUCAUGAUCGACGCCGACACCAUGGUCAAGCCCGAUGCUCUUAACCGUCUCGUAGCCGCGUGUGCCCACGACUCGAAGAUUGCCGGUAUCUGCGGUGAGACGAGCUUGGAAAACGAAGACAGGUCAUGGUGGACUAUGAUCCAGGUUUACGAGUACUACAUUUCGCAUCAUCUGUCCAAGGCCUUUGAAAGUUUGUUCGGCAGUGUCACCUGUUUGCCUGGAUGUUUCACUAUGUACCGCCUACGCACAGCUGACAAGGGCAAACCUCUCAUCAUCUCGGACAAGAUUAUCAAGGACUACGCCGACUGUGUUGUCGACACUCUGCACAAGAAGAAUCUCCUCUCGCUUGGUGAGGAUCGUUACCUGACGACAUUGAUGACGAAGCAUUUCCCCUCCAUGUCUUACAAGUUCAUUCCCGAUGCGUACGCUCUCACAGCCGCCCCUGACACGUGGAGCAUUCUGCUCUCCCAGAGACGUCGAUGGAUCAACUCAACUAUCCACAAUCUGGCCGAACUCGUCUUCCUGAAGGAUCUCUGCGGUUUCUGUUGUUUCUCGAUGCGAUUUGUCGUCUUCGUCGAUCUCUUCGGUACUCUUGUCCUGCCAUCCGUCUGCGCAUACCUGGUAUUCCUCAUCUACACCGUCGCCAGUGGCUCAGGCCAAUUGCCCAUUGUCUCCAUCAUCAUGUUGGCGGCGGUGUACGGUCUCCAGGCGCUCAUCUUCAUCAUCAAGCGACAAUGGCAGCAUGUGGGAUGGAUGAUCAUCUACCUCCUGGCCUUCCCUAUCUACUCGCUCGUACUUCCCAUGUACUCUUUCUGGUACAUGGACGACUUCUCGUGGGGUAACACCCGUGUCGUCAUCGGCGAGCAAGGCACUAAGCAGGUUCUCACCACGGAUGAUGAGGGCUUUGACCCCAAGUCAAUUCCUAUGAUGCGCUGGGACGAGUACGCCGAGCGCAAUGAGCUUCCCGGUCGUCGCGGUCUCCCAGGCAUGACCACUGAGAAGGGUGGCUUCAAUGCGUACGAAGACGAAGCAUACGAGAUGAACGACAUGCAAUCCGUCUACUCGUCUGUCAAGCCUGCCUCGACCGUCAUGUCCAACAUGCAGCACAUUUCGCACAUGCCGCCGCAAUCGCCUGGGCCAUACCAAGGUAUGCAAACCCGUCAAUCGACAUACUCGAACAUGUCGCGGUACCAAGACAACCCACACCAAAGUCGCGUCAUGUCGAUGAGCAACAUGAGUGACAUGUACAAUGGCAACAACACUUCACCGUACGGUCAACGCCAGAGCAUGGGUGGCUUCCAGAGCUCAGACAACCUGAUGGCCUCGUCCACACCACCGAUCCGUGGACGUAGCCCUCUCAGCUAUGGCGCCAGCAUGUCACGGCCUGGCAGCACGACCAACUUCCAGAGCAUGAUGAACGGCCCAACCGAUGGCCAAAUCAUCGAGACGGUCCAAGCCUGCCUCAAGGACGCGGACCUGGACAAGGUCACGCGCAAACAAAUCAUCGCACUUGCGGAGCAAAGACUACAGAUGCAGCUCACUGGCGAGAGGAAGAUCUUCCUCACGCAAGCCAUUGACCACGAGCUUGCCAACAUGAUGUAA